UUGCGCGUAUCGCUGAUUUCUGUUGCACGUGCGCACGAGAGCGGCACGGGCCGUUAGAAUCAAUAGCUUCACGUUGCCAAUACUUAGCAGACGAUAGGAGAGGAGAGCGGGCUUCAUUUGGUUAUUUCCCGCCGUUCAGGUUGGCUCUUGAGAACGAUCGCUUCGCAGGAUUCUUCCCGACUUAGGAUAUUACUGUGGAUUAAAAGGAUCUGCAACAGCCCCAUGGGACUUCCGGAAAAGGUGUCGAGCGGGGUAUGAUAACUCCUCGCUCACUUCUGUCCAUCUCCACUUCGAGGGCAUGGGAAGUUGGGAGGGAAACUGCUCAAAGGUCCCAUGUAAACCUCCGAUGGCCGACACGACUUUGUCUCAGGUGGACAACCACACAAACUCCUCAUCAGGGAAUAAUUCCGCCUCCGACAUUCCGUUUUUGGUUCUGUCUGAGGACUCGAAAAUAGGAUUAAUAUUUUUAUACUCACUAACAACCAUUCUUGCCAUCAUGGGAAAUCUUCUCGUUGUUCUUGUGUUUUGUAAAGGUAGACGAUGUCGCACUGAUAUACGGCCGUUCCUCAUCAACCUUGCAGUUGCUGAUCUCAUCAUGGCCUUGUUUUGUAUGCCAUUUACUUUUACAUCCGUCAUGUUGAAGACGUGGCUGUUCUCCAAGCCUAUGUGUCCUGUUGUGCUGUUCAUGCAGCACCUGUCAGUAUCAGCAAGCGUGUUCACAAACAUGGCAAUAGGUAUAGACAGGCUUCUGGUCGUCAUGUUUCCCCUUAAGUCCCGCUUGACCAGUGCACGGGCAAAAUAUGUAUUGGUGACAAUAUGGGUAUCCUCCAUGGGGCUUUCGUCCGUUCAGCUGGUUGUGGGGAGGGCAUAUGAUGUGAGAGUGGGUGAUUAUCAUUUAAUUGUUUGCGAUGAAACAUGGACGAGUCCCUUGUCUAGAAGGAUUUUCACAUUGUUUGUGCUCUUUAUCACAUACAUAAUGCCUCUCUUCAUACUCUCUGUGACAUAUUCAAUUGUGGGAAUUCUAUUAUGGACACGAACCUCCCCUGGAAAUGCCGAUCAGGCUAGAGAUCUACAGCAGUUAAGAACCAAAAGAAAGGUGGUGAAAAUGCUGGUGAUAGUUGUGUGUAUAUUCGGACUGUGUUGGCUUCCGCUUCAUACAUUCAUUAUUGUGAUAGACUUCAACCCCCAUCUACUGGAGUAUAAAUCGGAGCAACAGGAGGUUCUGUUUACUGCCAUCUACUACUUUGCUCAUUGGUUGGCAAUGUCGAACAGCUUCGCCAAUCCGAUCAUAUACGGAUUUACAAAUGACAGCUUUAGAUCCGACUUAGCGGGCCUGUUCUACUUAUGGUUCCCAUUCUGUUCCUGCCUCAAGAAGAUGGUUGUCCGUAAACUGAGCAUGUCAACAUACGAGACAGGCGUUCCUCGCCGUCAAAGUACGAUGAGGAAACCGCCACAACACGCUGCAAUGAAGCAAUCUGUCAGAAAUGGACAUAGAGUGUAUUUUGAGCUCAGACGAUCCUUGUCAAAGGAUGAUGACGAAAAUUGUAGAAUCCCGUGUCUGAAAUCAUCCAAUGCUGUUUGAUGAUUCAUCAAUUCAUCAAUAUCUGCACCACACAUUGACGCUUAUCUUCAUCAAUUAUCGUUCCAGGUCUAGCCAUGUCCACAGUCAUGAAACAUGUACACUAUUACGUUUCCACACACAUACAUCUGUUAUCACAUUGUCAUUAUUUGUACUGUGGCAAACGACUUUUUAACAAAAUAAGGUAACUAUAUAAUAUUAGAAAACUAUAUUUUUGUUAUCUUACUAGUAUAGCUUAUAAAGUAUGGAUCAUGUGAUCGGUGAGUUUACGAUCACAGAGAAAAAAGAGAAUUAAUAACUAGAUUCUAUAUCCAAGACGUUUAUAAAUAUGUUGUCCAACUGGUUACACAUGGGGCUUUCAAUGAGAUAUACAACUAUGUGUCAGUUCUGUUAUAUGUAUUCCUGUAUCGAAACACAAAACAUCUUAUUUGCACCUUAACGUGAUUAGAAGCGACAAAACUCUUUCCACAUCAAUAAGAAUUAUCUGCUAAA